CACGUCUUCUUUGCUACAAGAUCAGCAUCCGUUGACUGUCUCAUUGCGCCCUCCUUAAAUUUGGCCCGCUGGGUGCAACUCGAGGCGUCAGGAUGGUUUCGAGACCGCCGUGAUAUGCAGGACCCUGGCCGUGACUGUGACACGCAGUCACUGACUGACAGUGUGACGGACUACCCUAUUGAAAACGGAAGACGGUAUCACAGGUACCAUGAAGGGGCCUAUCUCUACCCCAACGACGAGCAAGAGCUGGAUCGUCUAGAUAUGCAGCACCACAUGUUUAAAAUGAUACAAAAUGGCAACUUAUAUCAUGUCCCGCUUGACAAGCCAAAGCACAUUCUCGACGUUGGCACAGGCUCUGGAAUAUGGCCAAUCGAAAUGGCGGCUUUGUUUCCAAAGGCUGAAAUUACAGGAACAGACCUCUCGCCGGUGCAGCCAACAGAAGUGCCCGAGAACGUCCAUUUCCUCGUUGAUGAUGCUACCGAGGAAGAGUGGCUUUGGGACAAAAACCAUUUCGACUUCAUCCAUACUUCUCACAUGACAGGCGCAAUGCCCUCAUUCAAGAACUUCCUUCGACAAUCCUACAAAUACCUCAAACCCGGGGCUUACAUCGAAUGCCAGGAGAUGGACCCCAAGCCAAAAUGCGAUGACAACACCAUGCCUCCCGAAAACCCUGACGGCUACAGCGCCUUUGCUCUACAUGACUGGUUCGAUCUCAACAUGCGCUCAAGCCAGGAUUCCGAUCCACCGCGGCAAUUCCGAAUAGCACACCGCAUCGAGAAGUGGAUGAAAGAAACGGGUUUUGUGGAUGUCCAGCAGCGUGUCUACAAAGUGCCCACCAAUCCUUGGCACACCGACGACCGUCUGAAACGGAUAGGGUCGUGGAGCGAGAGUAACUGGCUCGAGGCCCUUUCAGGAUGGUCAUACAAGCCCUUUACUGCACUAGGCUGGUCGAAACCGGAAAUCGAAGUCUUCCUUGUCGAUGUGAGGAAGAGUAUCCAGAACCGCAGUGUGCACGCCUAUAUGGACUACUAUGUGGUCACCGGACGAAAGCCCCUUUCCAACGAAACGCCCUCUCCAGCGCCCUCUCACCGCCAAGGCCGCCUAACCCUGAAGCUUCGGGCUUUCACCAACCACCGCUGCGACAUUUGCAACCCUCAAUUGGCUCACAUUCUCGACCACCUGUGGAUCAGUGAUGAUUUGCUCGCCGCGACCUUCCGUCGCUUCGUGAACGGUCAGCGACGACAUGGCAGUUACGUUCCCGGGCCCCUUGAGGCACGAAGGCGCCUUGCGAAGCGGCGGAACACUGUUCUCGCGAGCAUGGGCGGUGGAUCAGCGGACGAUCUUGCGUGCCUGUUUGGUCGCAAUGGGAGGGAGCAUAUGAAGUGGACGGACCAUCCGUGGCAGAGAGCGCAAUUGGAACCUCAAGAAAACCUCGUCGAUUAUUCACUAGAUACCCCCGAGGCUCCUUUCCCUUUUUACGGGCAGAAUCCCGACAUCCGCGAAUCCCAUGCGCCAGACCAUCAGUCGUCGAAUUCCUUUGAUGCUAGAACAGCCACGCGCAGUGCGCUCCUGGAUCAAUUUCUGGAAAAAGAGAAGUGGGGGAUUGAGGAUGUCAGGGAUUUUGUCCGUCGAGUGCGAAUUGAUCUGCAGCGGGAGCCACGGUAUAGCCGGCAGAUAUUCGAGAAAUUGCGCCAGCGUUCCGACAUAACAGAAGCCAUUGCAUUUCUGCAGGACCCUUUUUUGAACACUUGUGGCUCUGGAAAUUUCCUUGCGGCCAUGGAACCCUUCACACGAACCAAAACGAAACGCUCUAAGCAAACUGCGUUUUUCGGCACCAUUAACCGUGCUCUGGAGCUGGGGUUAAUCCCGACUGAUGAACUCUGUCUCAUCGUCAAGACUGUACCAAAAACCAUCAUCGAGGGGAACAACAGGCUGGGGGACUGGUAUCCCAAGACGCUUCGAAAACACUACCGCGCAAUGUGGACAGCAAUCGGACGAUGCAACGUUCUUGGGUAUCGUGACCUGGACACGAAAGUUGUGGAUGCCUGGCUAGGACAACUCCUCAAGACGCGCACUUUUUACUUUGCUGAGGAAAUAAUCAUUGCUACGCAUACCCCCGAUUCGGAUAGUCGCUGGGCCUCAACCUUGAUCAAAAGCUGGCUGGAGGUCAUGGGGCCGCUCGAUACAGAUACGGGUCUACGAUAUCCUAGCAACCUGCUUACCCAAUUGGACACGGACUCCGCAGCCAAGUGUCUCAUUGAAGUGACCAAAUCCUUGAUGUCAUCCAAGGACAAGACUCACCGGAAUCAACUGCUCGAGCGGUGGAGGGAUUGCUUGUUGAAUGUGCCAAACGUUUCGAACAUUGCGAGUUCACAUGUCUGGCUGGAUCUCCCCGAUGCCUACACCGAUGGGCUUGGAGAGAAGCCGGCUUCCAGCACGUCCGAUCUAUCGGCACAGCAUCAGAUCAUCAUGCGCCUUUGGGUUUUACGGACCUUAUGUCAGUCGGUUGGGGCCAUGUACAACCAAAGCACCCGAAUCACAGACAUGCCAAUCAUGUUGCUGUUCAACCUCUAUGAGACCGCGACAACCCAAAGUGAUGGGUCUUUCCUCUCAGACUUGAUGCGUGGAAUUCUCGAUCUAGAGCUUCCUUACAAUAGCCUUCUAUUGUUGGCUGUCGAUCUCAAGCUGGGAAAACUGGUUAACAAAGCCAAUCGCAAAACCCUCGAGCUGCUGGAAACCUCUCAGAUCUCUUUGAACGAUGUCUGGAAUAACCAGGUAGCUUACAACGGGGUCCGGAACAUUUUCUACGGUGCCUUUGAACAAAUGGUCCGUCACAUAGAUCUCACCAGUUCUGCGUCUGUGGAAGAGUGCCUGCGUCUGGCCAGAGCAGGAGACUCGGAGAGCGUCUGGAUCCUCACCCGGCUUCUCGACAUACACACCCCGUUGAAAAUGUCCCUCCACAAGGCUUGGCUGCCCAUCGUCGAUCCGGGAGAAAAGGCUCUCGUGCGAUACCAUCCGGGUCCCCGCUCUAGCCAUUACCCCGAUCCGCGCGCUGCGGUGGACUUCAUCCACCAACUGGCUAUUGCGUUUUCCUGCUCCGAGCAGCUGAAGCCGUCGCGCUCGUUCCAUCUUAUCCGCUGGCUGUACGCUUAUCUGCGCAAGUGUGGUGCACCAGUGUAUCCGUCGUUUGUGCGGGCUAUGUAUCAUGCUGGGGUGGUGCGGUAUCGUCGAGAGGGACGGUCCGUUGUGCCUACGCAGUACGAGUACAUCAUGAAAGCCAUCUCGAAGUUCGAAUGGCCUGAUCUGCUUGGACACCCUAAUCCGCCUUCUCAAAUCGGACUUGAGUGUCCUGCUUCUAUCAACGCGAUUCUCGCCGACAAGAGCAGGAAGGCUGCUCGCAAGGCCGCGAAGCCA